AUGCCCGACGCAAGAGACAUUAUCCUGCCCCCCCUGUCUGCGGGGGCAGCCCAUAUGAUGGUAUUCGGAUCGCCGGAGAACUUUAGCGCGAUCGUGCAGAUCGUUGCAGCGGAACGUCUCGAAGGGAAGGAGCCGGCGGACUGGAUAUUGGAGCUCAGCGAUGGGGAGUGGGCAUUCAGGACGACUGGCUCCUGA